AGAGGAAGUUUUGGCUACGCGCAAGCUCAGUCUUUUCAAAGAAAAGGAGCUAGUGCGCAUGUCCAGAGCGCCAGGCAUUCGAGCGAGCGCGGGAAGUCAUGGAGGGCAGCGGUUGUGACGGGGUCGGCGUUACUGCCUUGGAUAUACUCUCUCCCUCGACUCUAAAGCUAUACGAGGCACAGUUUUUUGGCUUUACGCCGCAGACAUGCAUGUUUCGAAUAUACAGCGCCUUUCAAGAUUGCCUAUGCGGGAUCUUACUUGUUGUGGAGAAGGUGUGCGUAAGAAAGCUGAAAAAACGUGAUAAAACGCAGGACGAGGACCUGCUACAAUCGAAGGCCCGGGAGUGCAGCCAAGAGCUGUACAUGUUUCUGGAACAACGCUUUCAGAGUUUUUCCAAGCGUAUGGACGCACUUUUGGUUGACAAAUGCUUCUCCAUACCACCAAACGUUCUCCUUCCCGGUGACAAGCCACACCGAAAGUCCCCUAGAGAUGUUACGGAUUUAAUGCGGGUGGAGUCCUCACUCGCCGCUCUGCAGAGCGCCCACCAGGCGGAGCUGUGUGCCCGACAGGAGCUGCUCGCUGAGCUGGAGGAGCAGAGGGAGGUGCGAGAACAGCUGGAUGGGAUCUUGAGGUGGGUCGGAGAGCUUCAGACAGCGUGGCUGAAGGAGGGGCUGGGCAGCUUCAACGAAAACUUCCCCCAGGUGAUGGAGUCCGUGAAGAAGUUGCAAGUCAACGUAGCAGAGAUAUGCGACAAGAGGCCUAAAGAACCAGAUUUUUAGAAGUCAGUGGUUCGUGGAGGAUGACGUUGCUUCUUUUUUUUUAUUUUUUAUUAUUUGGUAACUUCCUUUGUCCUAUAAACUAAACUAGGAAGAUACAUAUUUUGACCCGCACAUUCCUUUCCUCUCACAUCCUCUUCAGAUAAAAAAGUGUACGUUUUUUAAAUGACCGUUCUGCAUUUAAGUUUCUCCUAGGCGUGUUAUUUAUUUACUUACUUCAUAAUUGAUACUUUUAGGAUUUUAAAGAUGCUUGAUCUAGAAGAAAAUGUUUAUUUAAAACUUUGUGGACAAAUAAAACAUUCAACAAUGUAAUGACACUGACUGGAUCCAUAAAUUCAUAAAUUGUGUGGAAGGAAAGGACUACCACAUUUAUUUACCACCAGAUUCCAUGAUCUUUAUUUCACAAGAAAUAAACACAUUUGCGCAUGCUUCUGUACUCUACUGUUCUAUUCGUUCAGUGGAAAUAGAAUGUUUGGGAUUGGAACAUCACAUUCAAAAGUACCCAUUUCAAUAUGCCGCACCAAGUAAUCUUUAGGCACACCCAGCGCGGCUUACGGUUUGGUGCCUUUGGAGUUUUCCGACGUCCAGAUUUUCUCCCCGUCUCUCGUGAUCUCCAGGUAUCCAGCGUCUGUCAGGGUCAGUCGCAUCCUCGCCG